AUGACUUCCGCAGUCCCAAAACUGCAGGCUCUCCCUCUGGCAAAAGUAGUCAGGCCAACGGUGUACGAACACGAGCGUACCAAGAACUAUCACGCCUCCCUGAAUCAACUUUUGACAUCGAAGCCAUGGGCCUUUCGACCUAUCAGAGAGCCGAAGCCACUCAAUAUCGCAGGCAUCUUUACCAAGCGCCUCACGCCGCGUCUUGGGCAAGUCGAAAACCUGGUCUGUCUGUUUUAUAUCUCACAUACUCCUGCAGUCGCUCUCCACUACCGCGCUUUAGUCAAUCCCAACGGUAAGUCUCAGAUGAUCACUCUGAGCACAGUUCUGAACCUUACGGACUAA